CGGGCCACGUUUUCUCGAAUCGGUGCCUUCUCGUUCAUCGCCAGUUUGUUUCAAUACGUCGUCAGGGAAUCACCCUGCUCCUUACACUUAACAAGAAAUUUACCUAAACUGAAGUGUUAACUUAACUUUCAAAAAGUGUCAUUGAAUGUAGUGGUCAGUGUCCCAGCAACAAAAUGCCGCGAGCUUUCCUCAUUACUCAUCGUCGGUACAACGAGGAAAUGGAUACCAGAGGAUCGAGUCCAACUCCCAGCAACAGCGCCGACACCACUCAUUCGGAGAAUAGCUCCGAGUGUCCUGAUGAACUCUACAAUCUCACCAAACUAGCGGAAGUCAGUUUAGCAGCAGCAGCGGGGAAAAUCUUCGAGGGCCGCCAUUUGUCUGUCCACUCGAGGAGUCCUGAUGACAUCAUCACCUACACCCAUAAACUAUUCGACAAAUCAUCAAGGACACCACGUUCACACAUUAUCACAAACGAUUCCAUUGUUGUAACACCGGAAAGACUGGUCGAUGCAAGCACACAGAAUGAUUGUAGUGAACACGAAUGUGCUGAAUGCGGUAAACGUUACAGUACCUCGAGUAACCUGGCCCGUCAUAGACAAACACAUCGUUCACCAGCAGAUAAGAAAGCUCGUCGUUGUCCACAUUGCGAUAAGCUCUACGUCAGCAUGCCAGCCUACUCCAUGCAUGUGCGUACCCACAACCAAGGAUGCAAAUGUCAAUACUGCGGUAAGUGUUUCUCGCGACCAUGGUUACUCCAAGGACACAUCCGUACCCAUACCGGCGAGAAACCCUUCAAGUGCCCAAUUUGCGAUAAAGCCUUCGCUGACAAAUCUAAUCUACGCGCGCAUGUGCAAACCCACUCCAACACCAAACCACACGUAUGUGCCCGCUGUGGUAAAGCAUUCGCUCUUAAAUCAUACCUGUACAAACACGAAGAAUCCUCCUGUAUGCGUAUCAAUGGUACGCAGCAAACUCGGGAGUCCACACCAGAGAAAUCACUAGCUUCAUCACCAACACCAGUGAUCGUGACGGUCAACUCAGUUAUACGCAGUGGGACAGGUCUCUAUCGCUCGACGGUCAUCAGUCCGAAUCCGGAGAGACUACUCCUCGCGCAAGUGGAGCAUCCGUCCGUCAUCUUGAACACCUCCCACUUACAUCGCUCCAUCGUUCAAGAACAACCCGUUGAUUUCUCCGACAAAUCAUCGAAGCGCAACUAUACGCUGGGUUUGGCCAUCGCUGUCUGACCACACAAAAACACAGCAUCAAUUUUAGUGUAUUAGGGACCAAACUGGAUCAAAACUAAAUCUCAUUAGUUUUAAUUGAUUUAAACUUAGAUAACUUAUAAAGUUACUUAAGUUAAUCAAGUUUUUAAUAUAGGUUAGAUUAGAAUAUAAGCUGGUCGCAAUGGUGCUGUUACUUAGUAAGCUUUUAAUGUUUCUGAUUCUCUUUGACUUGAAGACGAGAGUGCUCCUAGUCAAAAAAUAUACACACACUUCGCACGGGGUCCAAUUAUUCGCCCGGUGCGCAUAGCUUAAGUGUAUGUCGUUGUGUAUACGUAUUUAUAUCGUUUGCUUUACUUUUUUUCGUUUUUAUUUUUUUGGCCGGUGGUGUGCAAUGUGGCGAUCGCGAGCACGUCACAUCCCGUAUUCAUUCCACGUGCUCGCGCGCAAUAAAAUAAAUGUACAUGUUUCUCAUUCCCGUUUGUAGAUUAAGCGUAACCUAUUAAUCGUUCUUGCAGUUAAUGUAACAAUUAGUUGUGUGUUUUCAUAUAGCCAAUAAAUAAUUAUCUGUCUGUAGGCGUUCAGUACUUAAGUGUUAAGUCUAUCUGUAUAUGUAUUUGUAUGAGCACAUUUUCUACGUUAAUACAAUUAUUUCAAACAUACAA